AGUCUACAAACUACCCAAGAACAUUAAAGAUUUGAGUGAGAGUCGUGAAAAGAAUUUUUUUUUACAACCUACAAAAAAUCGUGUUAUCCGAGAAGCUCGAAAACGGGAUAAUUAACGCUUCGACGGUACAUUUGAAAUACAGAAGAAGGUUUCAUUUAUACAAUUCGUUGAGCCAUGAAGGAAACGAUGGGGAUGAAGAUUAUCGUGAUGACCACCACGAUUGCUAUCGCAAUUAAUCCUGCCUGGUCGUUGGUAACCUUCGGCAAGAGUAAUCCACAGAAUACAAAUACGAAUCAAGCACCCGCACCAACUCCCGUUGGCAAGGCUCGCGAAUGCAGAAUGGAUGCGGACUGCGCUGGAAUUCUGAACACCACUUGUACUUCUGACCGAACGGUUGGAAAGAGCCGUUGUCUCUGCAGUGAUAGAUCAGUGCCGAUGAAUGGAAUUUGCAACGUUAAAUGGAAACCACUCCGGUCACUGUGCAAUGAUGAUUCGGAAUGUGGCCACGGGGCGCACUGCGUGCAGUCAGUCCAGAAUAACGUUACGUCGAUGGAGAAACAUUGUAACUGUAUGCCAGGUUACAUGGAAGAUGAUCUUAUGUGCAAUGGCAGUGAAUCCGUCUUCAGAGCCUCCUUGAUGACAUCGCUGGUGGCCGUGGUGAUGAUAAGUAAAAUUAUGAAUUCGGCGUAAACGCUGUGGUAGUGGAGAUUACUAUAGGGAAGAUGGAAAUAAAAGAGAAUAUGAAGAGCGGGAUGCGAAGAGGUUGGAGGUUAUUAGUUAAUAUGACACUGAUUAGGAUGAUUUAAUUUUUAAUUGCACUGCUUUCAGAAGUAUUUAUGACAAGCGCCUUUGGGUGUUUCAUGUGAACAUAUAUGUAUGUACUAUGUGAUAGUUUUCGACUGACUCUGUUUAUUUUAUGGGAUAACGUAUGAUAGGGGUUAUAAUCAAAUUAUUAAAUUGUUGCACUUGAUUUUAUGGAUAAAUUUUGGUGGAAAAAAAAAAUACAUGAGGUAGAAGGGAUCGAAUGUAUGAAUAUUUAUAUAAAUUUAUCAAUUAAUAAUGUUGCAACGUAUAGUGGUACGGAACGUUUAAUCGGUCGUCCUUGUAUCAGGAUUUAUAAGCUUUAGUAAUUUACGCAUGGGCGAAUAGGAUUCGUCGAUCAUAUAAUAUAUAUAUUAUAAGCUGAGUAGGUUGAUACAGAAAAUAAUGAUAGAUUGGAGGAAAGAUCAAAGUAGAAUUAAGAUUGAGACGAGCUUGUAGAAUAUUUUGAUUCGCAUGUUUAUAUUGUUCGAUUUUACAGAGGAAUAUUGCAAAAAAUGUCAAACUAUAUAUUUUUCUUCUCUAUCGAUAACAGAACUUCGAUUUGGAUUGAUAGUUUUGUAGCAUAUUUAUUCGAAUAUUAUGAUCGAUCUGGAAUAAAAUUUUUAAAGAAUCUUGUCAAGCAAUACUGAUAUUAGAUCUGCUCGUGAGUUUGAAUAUUCGCAAUUAAGUUUGGCCCCGCGAAUGCAUUAGUCUUCGUGGAUUUUUCUUCUUUAUUAUUGCAAUUCGCAACUGGCUAAUCUGCCACAUAUGCCAAGGAUGCCUUAAAGUAUGAAAGUGGCUGCACUAGUGAGAAAUAUAUCUUGAAGUAGUACAUACUACCCCAUCGAUACGUCGGAUUUAUUCUAGUCUUAACAUAUUUUGUAAAAUUUGUAUGUUAAAUUAUAGCUUAUGAAGUAUAGGACACAUUAAUAUCUUCACAAAUUAUAUAUUUUCCUUUUGUAUAACUCUAGUAUGUCGUGCACCAAAUAAACUUAAAGAUUCACCGAUAA